UCAUCAUCCUGGUUGCAGGUUCUUGUCAUUUUCUGUGAACCAACUGCGGUUACCAUUCGCAACAUUGCAUCUCAGAUAAUGAACAGAGAAAGUUUGACUCGGCUGAUAUUAGUGGUGCAAAAUCAAAUGACAAAUCAAGCUCAGAAAGCUGUGGAUCUGUUCUCCUUCAAAUUUGAAAUAUUCCAAAUUACCGACUUGCUUGUUAACAUUACAAAGCAUGUGUUAAAGCCAACGCAUCGAGUACUUAAUGAUAAGGAGAAGCAGAACCUCUUGAAGAAGUUUAGUUUGGAAGAAAAACAGAUUCCUCGGAUGCUACAAAAAGAUGCAAUUGCACGGUAUUACGGAUGGGAGAAGGGGCAAGUGGUGAAAGUUAGUUACAGUGAUGAAAUUACAGAGUCUCAUGUCACUUAUCGCUGUGUUUGGUGAUGCGUGUAUUGUCCAUUUUCAGG